AUGGCGGACGCGAUUGAACACUCCGUGAUCCAGUUCAGCCCCGCGUCGAAGGCGUUCAUGGCGAACCGAAUCACAGCCCUCGCGGGUUUCGUCGACGCCAUCCUGUUCGGCAUCGUCGCCUGCCAGGUGGUGACUUUCUUCCAGUCCUAUCGCCGCCAUAAAGGAAUCGAGAGGCAUUAUGGACGGCUCGUUCUGGUUGUCACUGUAUUGGCCACGAUGAAGACGGCGCAGUCUCUGGGCAUCAUCUGGGCCCAAACUGUCGUCCAGUGGAUGAACCCCGAUGUUGCGCAGACGUUGGUCGCGAAAGCCUGGUUUGAAGUCAGCACACCAACGAUGACUGCCAUAACGGCCAUCAUCGUGCAGAGUUUCUUCACGAUGCGGUUUUACAUGCUGCUCCGCAACUUCCUGUACUGCAUCCCGAUCUUGAUGUCCAUGAUGUUGAGCUUUGCGGCCGUGUGUCUUUCACUCAACAGUAUCGUGACGAACAACACCAAGGCCAAGAUCAUGUGGCUUCUGGUGCAUCUCGUGUGCACGUUCUGCACAGACUUUAUGAUCACCGUCGGCACGUGUCUGGCUCUGCAGAAGCGCAACUCGGGCGGGCUUGCGUCGACGACAAACCUCAUCAACAGACUGAUGCGGCUCGUCUUUGAGAGCGCGAUCCCUCCCACGAUCGCUGCAGGUAUUGACCUCAUCAUGACACAAAUACUUGGUCCUAAGCUCUUGUGGCAUCUCGUGAUUAACUUUGCGUUGAGCAAGCUGUACAUCAUCAGUCUACUCUACACGCUCAACUGCAUCAACGAGUAUCGCCGCGCCCGAGAGCUGAGUGGUGGAGUCAACUCGUCAGGAUCGAGGGGCCUACACGGCCCAUCUGUCAAGCGCGGAGACAUCGAUCUCGUGCAAAUACGCAAGCCCGGCCAGGUCCUCGUCGAGACCCAGAUCAUCACGCACAUCUCCCCGUCGACUGGCGACAUCGAGGACCAGACUCACGCCAGUCAAGACGACGGCAAGCGCUCGGAGUGGCACUGAGUCAGACCAGAAGUCAUGUUCACUCUUCCUAUAGACGUCUAAAAGUUUAAUAGUUGUCGUAUUCUAUUGUUAUCACAAUAACCACUACCCUCGAACACAGAGGAUCGAAUAUAUUUUUCGUGCUGGUAUCGAUCACGUGGUCGCGUUCGCGACGUGACCGACCAGACUGCUAAAUAGGACAGGGCGGUCCAUUCAAGCGUCUUCCAAGCACAGCCGCUUUCAAGACAUGAAUUAGACUGUCGCAGCACGCUCACGAGCUCCCUCUGCGAGACUGCGCGGGUCUACAAUCCAGAUGACGGCCGUGCUGUCAUGGACCCCCUCGUCUUCAUCGGUCAACUUCCCCGCAAGCCGAGCCGCCUUGACUUCUCUCAUCAGCGCCUUGAUGCUGUUCUUGUUGGCCGUCAACGUCGUCCACCCCCGGCGCGAGCCGAGUAGCAUGCUCUUGACGGUGUGUGCGGUCAGUCGUCCGUUCACCCGGGUCACGGCGGCUCGUUGGCUUGCUG